CUAAAAUGGCAUGCAAGAAAUUAGGAUCCAAAUCCGAUUUGUUUCACCUGGAUGGCCAAACCUGGCUUUGCUCGACCGGCCUUCCUAGUGAUGUUACUGUGGAAGUUAGAGAAACUUCCUUCCAUCUUCACAAGUUUCCGCUGUUGUCAAGGAGCAUGUUACUAGAGAAGCUUAUCCAAGAUUCUUCUGGACAUGGGAAGGACGAGAAGGAAUGCGUUUUGCAGCUUCACAAUAUACCAGGUGGAGCAAAAGCGUUUCUGUUUGUGGCCAAGUUCUGUUAUAAUAUCAAGACUGAACUCACAGCAAUGAAUGUGGUCUCCCUUAGAUGUGCAGCUGAGUAUCUUCAAAUGAGUGAAGAUUUUGGAGAAGGAAACCUCGUUGCACAGACAGAGAACUUCCUGAACGAAGUUCUCAGUUUCUGGGUGGACACAAUCAAAGCCCUUCAAAGCUGCGAAGAGGUUCUUCCCAGUGCGGAGGAGCUUCACAUUGUCUCGAGAUGCAUAGAAUCCUUGGCAGUGAAAGCCUGUGCUGAUCCGAGUUUAUUAAGUCGUAACCCAGCUGGUGCAAUUUUCUGGAAUGGAAUAGAUUCAGGCUCCAAAGCUUCUAAGAAACUUUCGCUGAGUGAGGAUUGGUGGUACGAGGAUGUAUCCAAACUUAAACUGCACAUGUAUAAAAGGCUGAUCCUGGCCGUUACUUCUAAAGGUAUGCCAGCAGAUAGAAUUGCCGGGUCUGUGAUGUUUUACGCAAAGAAGUACCUUCCCUUGAAUGGUAGACAACCAAACUUCAAGAACGGGAACUGUGUAGCUCUAGGAUCCACCAUGCCCGUUGCAUCUGAAGCAGAACAGAUAACUCUUCUUGAAGAGAUAGUGGGGUUACUGCCCGAUCAAAAGGGUGUGAUCCCAACCAAAUUUCUGCUUAAACUUCUCAAGACAUCCAUGAUCCUACACACAAGUCUAUCUUGUCAAGAAAUCCUCGAGAAAAGGAUUGGGGUGCAGUUGGAUGAUGCUGCCUUGGAAGAUAUCCUCAUUCCGAACAUGGGAUACUCAGUUGAGACCCUAUAUGACAUUGACUGUGUUCAGCGAAUUGUUGAUCACUUCAUGCUGGGGGAUCAAGAUGAAACUGAUUCAAUCUCAAAUGAAUUAGUCGAUGACGGACAGUUAAUCCCAAGUUCUCAUGCGUUAACCCCGACAACCAUGGUGGCUAAUCUAGUGGACAACUAUCUGGCUGAGGUGGCACCCGAUGUCAACUUGAAAUUAACUAAAUUCCUUUCACUAGCUUCUCUGAUCCCAGAUUACUCCAGACCUAUAGAUGAUGGCAUCUACCGUGCAAUUGAUAUAUACCUCAAGGCACAUCCCUGGCUGACAGACUCAGAUAGGGAGCAACUGUGCAGGCUCAUGAACUGCCAGAAACUGUCUUUGGAGGCCAGCACGCAUGCUGCCCAAAACGAGAGACUCCCACUCCGUGUUAUUGUCCAAGUUCUGUUCUUUGAACAGCUUCGGCUGCGCACAUCUGUGGCUGGCUGGUUCUUUGUCUCAGAAAACCUCGAUAACUCACAGGACCUAAGCAAGACUAUAGGACCCGGAAUUGAGGGCACAGCCCAAGAAAGCUCGGGAAACAACCCAAUGCUCACGGUUGAUGACAUGAGAAAUCGCGUUUCUGCACUUGAGAAAGAAUGCUUGGAUAUGAAACAAGAAGUUGAGAAGCUAGUGAAGACUAAAGGAAGUUGGCACAGUAUCUUCAGAAUGCUCGGUUUGAGGCUCAAGACAAGGUCUUGUGAUCAUUCAAAGACUGUGAAGACACCUUUGAGUGCCAAAGUGUUUAGAAAUUCAAGAAAAGCGGCCACGAAUGGAAAGGAAAAACAGGAUUGUAAGAUUGAUGAUAAGAGUAUACAAUCUGAAUGUUGAGAAGUAAUUAGCUAAU